AUACAGUUACAGCAAUUAGCAGUCUCGUGCAUACAAAAGAAUGUACGAAAGUUAAUGUUCGUACGGCACUGGCCGUGGUGGAAGCUGUACACAAAGGUCAAACCGGUGCUCAAUGUACUGAGAACAGAGGAGGAACUCAAAGAUAAAGAGGUACGCAAUCAUCAUCAUCAUCAUCAUCAUCAUGCUAACGAUUUUAUCAUAACCAUUACUAUCAUCAUCAUUAUCGUAAUCAUUACUAUUAUCGUCGUCACCAUCAUUAACAGACUGAAAUAG